AUGACAACAGAAGAGAUCACUCUUGUAAUUCAGACAUUACAAGAUCAACUCAAAGAAAAGCAAGACAUUGAAAGUGAGCUUAGACAUGAAAUUGAUUUACAAUUGAAACAGCAAAAGGAUUUAUCAAAUGAUAAUGACUACCUCAGGCAGAAAUUAGCUGCAAUUCAAUUAGAUAAUUCAAAUCACAACAAUAUUCGAGCACGAUUAGAGACACAGUUGUAUGCCCAGGAACAAGACAUGAUGACAUUGAAAAAAGAAAUUCAACAACUGUCAAAAUGGAAAAAAGAUGCUGAAAAAAAACUGAAUACAGAAACUGAAAGUUACGAGCAUGAAAAAUCCCUUUGGCAGCAAAAGGAGGCUGAUUUGUAUAACCAGAUAAGGAAUUUAAGCAUACAAAAUAACAAUCUGAAUGGUGAACCCCGGACACCUCGUACACCGAGAAGAAGAUCCAGUAUCAAUUUGACAAGCAAUGGCCUUUCUCCUUUUUAUUCGAACGGUUUAGGCGAUAUUGAUGAAAACUCAACUGUGGAGAGCAGUCAUAGCAAUAAUGGCAGCAGUGAUGCGGUAAGGAAUGGAGUUGAACAUGAGUAUAUCAACAAUAGGCCUACACCCAAGUUGGCACCGAUUGAUUCAUCCUACUUGAGGGAGUCGAAGAUUGCCCAAAGAACAAUCAAAGCACAAGACAAGCUCAUUUUAGAACUAAAAACUGAAAUAGAAAAGCAAAAAGCAUUGCUUCAGGAAGCGCAAAAAGAAACUCAGUUACAGUCGCUGAAAGUAGUCCAUCUGGAACAUGAAAUUGCGAGUAUUAAGCAACUUAACCGAUCUCUUAUGGAGGAUAACGAAAGCUAUCAAAUCUUGCUACACGAAAAAACCAUGAAUGGAGAAUUCAUGAUGAAUCCAAUCAUGCAGGUAGACAAUGAUAUCAGCCUUAAAGUCAGCAGCAACAAUAACAAUUUGGCAAUGAAAGAAUCUGCCAGCACGUCUUCAUCCAAUAGUGGUGGCGGUGGACUGAAUUUGGCAGCAGAAUUGGCAUCAUCUAUACCAGAUUGGCCUAGUAAAAAUGAUACUGAAUCAGACAAAACGAUUCAAGAAUUGAAUGAUGAAAUAAAAACGCUACAGGACACCAACCGUGCAUUACAAUUAUACAUGAACAAAAUCCUUAUGAAGAUCAUCAACAAUAAACAAUUAGUAGAUGUCCUUAGCAUUGAUCAGCCAUCUUCAAAACCGAGCAAAGAAGCCGUAAAUGAAGCGACGGCAACAAAUGCAACAGAACCAACAUCAAAGAGUGGACCCAUGCCUACAAAGACAGUAUCCACCGCAGCACAUGCGGGUACAAUGUCCAAAGCGAGUAGUCAUAGCAAAAACGGCACUAAUACUACUAACCGCCAUCGUAGAAGGACUAUUUCAUAUUGGGGAUCAAAAGCACCCUCACCCCCGCCGCUAUUCGCAGGAGAAAAUGCUAAUUUACAAGAACAACUGCAAAAGCAGCAACCAAGCGCUCCUGCACCCAAGCCAGAACGAUCGAUUUCAACAGCCACCCAUAGCAACAGUAGUAGUGGUGGCAGUGGCUGGGCUAAAGCUUUGAGAAGAAUGAGUGGUCUGGCUUGGUCUUCUUCUUCCUCUAAUUUCAAAGAGGAGUCUCCUGUACCCACAACUUCUGCAGCGAUGGGAACAAACUCACCGGCAUCAGGGAUAAAUAAUGACAGUGCCGUUGACUCGUUCGGUGAAGAUGACACAGAGAAAUCCAUAGAAAAAGGUAGGAAACAAUCAGGAUCCUCCACUCCAUCUAUUUCCUCUUUUAGACCCAGUAAUGACCUUGGCACACUUGACGAAGAAGAUUAA